AUGCAUGUCCAGUCGAUUCCGAUGUGGGAGGGGAGCGGCAACAACUAUGCCUACCUUGUGAGCGACGAAAAGACCAAGGAUGCUGUCAUUAUCGACCCCGCAAACCCGCCUGAAGUCCUGCCUGUUCUCAAUGAACGGACCUCCAGCGGCGCUAUCAACCUCAACUCCAUCAUCAACACACACCAUCACUGGGACCACGCCGGCGGCAACAGCAAGAUUUUGGAGCACUACAAGCUGCCCAUAAUUGGUGGCAAGGACUGUGCCCAUAAGACCCAGACACCAGCACACAAGGAUACCUUUACGGUCGGCAAUAUCAAGGUCACUGCAUUGCAUACGCCAUGCCAUACCCAGGAUAGCAUCUGCUACUUCUUCGAAGACGGAAACGACAAAGCGGUAUUUACCGGAGAUACGCUUUUCAUUGGCGGCUGUGGACGCUUUUUUGAAGGCAAUGCGGACGAGAUGCACGAGGCGCUGAACUCGACUCUUGCUGCACUCCCCGAUGAUACCAAGGUCUACCCCGGCCACGAGUAUACCAAGGGCAACGUUGCUUUUGGCAAGAAGGUUCUCCAAUCGGCCGCCAUUUCGAGACUCGAAGAUUUUGCCCAAAAGAACAAGCAAACGCAGGGCCAGUUCACCAUCGGCGACGAAAAGCAACAUAACGUUUUUAUGAGGGUCGAUGACCCCGAGAUUCAAAAGGCCGUAGGCCAGAAUGACCCGGUCAGCGUCAUGGCGGCGCUCCGCGAAAUGAAGAACAAGUCGUAA